AUGACGUAUCCAGCUGUAUUCGUAUCGAGUGUCGUAUCGACAUUUCACAGACCCGGUUCCAGCACCGACAGCUAUCUAGUUAGUGGUAGCAAUAUUGACACUCUCCAACAGCAACAACAGCAACUACUAUUACAACAACAGCAGCAGCAACAGCAGCAAACACUGUACAGGCAAUAUCCGGGUCAAGCACAGCAUCAACCGCAGCAACAACAACAAUCAUCGAGUUUAUCAAGUAGUGCUAGCUUAAUUACCAAUAAUAAUCAAAUUAGAGAUAGGGAUAGUACCAAUUACGUGUCCGCACUAACCCUCGGCACUCCAGUGAAUGCGAGCAGCAGCGGCGGCGCCGGCAUCGGAAGCAGCGGCCAAAACAGCGGAAGCAUCAACAGCCACACUCACGUGAAUCUAGUGGGCGCUUCGACGGUGCCAUCGACCAUGACUACUUCAACGGCCAUUUCACCUCCGCGGCCGAUGCAGAAGGUGAUACCGACGGUCGUCUAUCUGAUGUCCCGCAUCGCUGUACAUAUGGAGAUCGAGGGCACCGCGCAAUGUCCGGCGCAGGUGAUGCUGGCGGCGGCACUCGGCUGUGAAGAACUAGGAAUUACUAAUAAACUGCUGGCGCAGAGCGUGUUCGGGCUGUGGAUGACCAGUCCGCUGCUGGAGGUACAGCUGAAGCCGCACCAUCGACCAUACGCGGUUCGGGUUGCGUGGUCCAAGCUGCUCGAGAAGCACAGCCACGGGAACGAGCUGGAAAAGCUGUCCGACGAACCGAUGACGAUGUUACGGCGCAAUGUGUUCUUCUCGCGGAAGGAUGAGGAAAAAAUUAAGGAUCCCCGGAUAUUGGAGUUGCUAUACGAGGAAGCGAGGCACAACGUGCUACUGGGACGGUACGUGAUGGAGUCGUCUCACUCCAUCAUGCUCGGGGGCAUUCAGGCGAGGAUUGAACUGGGCCCGUACAACUCCCAUACGCACACGACUAGCUAUUUUAGGGAGAACCAAUUUCGCUUUCUGCCGGCGCACGUGGCGAAAAGCUCCAGCUGGUCGUGGCUUCCGAUCAGCCGGCGGACGUCGGCCGAGGUGAGACUGCUCGAGCAGUUCAAACGUGUCCCGACUACGGCAACGACAAAGAAGCUGAUGCGAAAGUACCUUGAGUUCUGCUGGGGACUGCCAUUGUAUGGCGCGGCAUACUUUCACGGGCAGGUGGAACAACCGGUACGCGGUCUGAUGGGCUUGGUGCAGCAGAAAGAUCUCCCGGUGCUGAUAGCCGUCAACGAACGAGGCAUCUUUGUGAUAGAUCAAAUCGAAUGCACUUUACUGCUGGGUCUCAAAUACGAAGAGGUGUCCUGGGACUUUGCCAAACCGAGCAACAUGAACGAUUCCGAUUGCUUGUCCUGCAUAUUUCUGCAAUUCGGUGCCGUGGAAAAUGGAAUUGCCGUCACGAAACUUAUGCAAAUCUUCACUCGCCAAGCUGCCAUGAUAGACGCCUUAAUCACCCACUUCAUCGAACAGGCCAAACGGCGGAAAGAGAGCGGCGAACCGGAGGUGCCUGCCGGUGAAAACCAGUACGAAGCGGAACCUAACCCGAUUCAGAACAGUGGCAUGGGUGUGCUGAGCAACAAGCUGUCACGGCUGACGCUUGCCACAUUCGACGACGAGGGUCGCUGCAUUGGCCAAACAGGGUCACUAUCGAUAAGUUAUUAA